CACGCUUUGACCUUUUCAUUUGUUACCCACUUAUUCAUAAAAUUCUCUCUGGACUUCAUCCUCUCUAUCCUUGUCUUCUUUUCUUCGAAUUCUCUUCCAUCAUCAUCAUCGAUUCAUCAUCGCCAUAUAUCAUCAUAUUAGCGGUGGUUGAUCUAUCCAUCUCGGGCUUCGAUCCAUUUCAUUACAUUCUAAUCAGUUAUUAAAUGCUCAUCUAUUGAGAUUUUCAAGUUUCCUCCAUAGUUGGAGUUUGUUGUUGAUCCUUUUUGGUUUUCGAUUUAUUAUAAGAUCCUGGACAUCAUUGUCUCUUAGCUUUCGCUCAGUUGUUGCCUGUUGGAUAUGGAGUACCUGCCUGUUGAAGUAGUAGGAAACAUACUAUCUAGGCUUUGUGCUGCCCGUGAUGUCGUGAUUGCAUCCGCAACAUGUCGGAAAUGGCGAGAAGCUGCCAAGAAUCACCUCCAUUCCCUUUCAUUUAACUCUACUGAUUGGCCUGUUUAUCGAGAUCUGACAACUAGUAGAUUAGAGAUCCUUAUAACUCAAACAAUUUUUCAAACAACGGGGUUACAGUAUCUUGCAAUUGUUAUGGACGAUGUUGAUGAAUUCUCUGCUGCUCCAGUUAUCGCGUGGCUCAUGUAUACUAGGGAAACCUUGCGCCAUUUAUUAUACAAUGUUCGAACUGCACCGAAUGUCAACAUUCUUGAGAAGUGUGGUCGGCAGAAACUGGAAACAUUGGCGUUGGCUCAUAAUUCCAUCACAGGGGUUGAACCAAGUUACCAAAAAUUCCCUUGCUUGAAAUCUGUUACUCUGAGUUAUGUGAGUAUCUCAGCGUUGGAUCUCAGUCUUCUGCUUAGUGCUUGCCCUAAGAUUGAGGCUUUGGCGCUUGUCAAUCCAGAGAUUCAGAUGUCGGACGCGCAAGCAACAAUGGAGUUAACCAGUCCAUCACUGAAAAGUAUAUAUGUUGAAGCAAUUAGUUUGGAUAAGUUUAUACUGGAGGCAGAUAGUCUGAAAAGUUUGCAGCUAAAGGAUUGUACUCUUGAACUUUUCGAGCUUAUUGGCAAAGGGACCUUAAAGCAUCUGAGGAUUGAUGAUGUUAGUGUUAUCCAUCUUGAUAUUGGGGAGAGUACUGAAAAUCUUGAGGUUGUUGAUGUCAGCAAUUUCACAAUUAUGUGGCCGAAGUUCUACCAUAUGAUUUCAAGGUCGUCAAGAUUGAGGAGGCUUCGUCUUUGGAGUGUGGUGUUUGAUGAUGAGGAUGAAAUUGUGGAUUUGGAAACUAUUGCUGUUUGCUUUCCCCAGCUAAGCCAUCUAUCCCUGAGUUACGAUUUAAGAGAAGGAUUUCUUCCCUAUGGUUUGCAAGAGUCAUCACCAUUGGAGAAUGUGGUUGUGUUGGAGCUUGGGUGGACUGUAAUUAGUGAUACGUUUUCACACUGGGUUGCUGGUUUGCUAGAAAGAUGUUCUAAUAUCAAGAAGCUGGUCAUUCAUGGUGUUGUUUCUGAAGCCAAAACCCAUGAAGAAUGCUACAUGUUGGCUAAUUUUACGACAUCCAUUGUCAAACUUAUGAGGAAGUAUAUGCAUGUAGAUGUGCAGUUUGUGUAUGAAUAAUGAUCCUGCAAUGUUGCCUUCCCGGUAUUCAAGAUUUUUUCCAUCUCGACUUGUAUAAGCAGGUACGCUGCAUGCAAAGCUUGAAUUUUUUUUUCUUCUCUCGAUUAUUUUUCUGAAUUUUGAUUACUCUACCUAUCACAUUGUUUGGUCACUUGAGCAAUUGUAAAUUUAAUUCAAUUUUUUUAUGUAGAACAAACAAACAUCUUCUUUAUCAUUAAAUUUCAUUUUUGCUUUUCACUUUUCAGUUAUAUCUGUAGCCAACUCUUUUCUUGUAGAGAUAUGUUAGCUUCUUUAUUUCUUAUAUAGCACGUUUUGCUUUUCUAAUCCAAUAAAGCAUUUUCUUUAGUUUAUAUUUUCUUGAGCUUAUGCUGUUUAUGUAAUUCCAGAUCAUGGUUAUUGUUUGAGCAGCAUGAAUCUAGAAAAUCAUCUAUGAAUUUGGUCUUCAAUACAUACAUCUAAAUUCAGUUGCAUUGUUAGGAUAACAUGCUUUCUAGUAGUUGUUGAUUCGUCUUUCUUUUUGCUAUUAGCUAAUAGACUUACCAAAGAACACUCCAGUCUAGCUAGGUUGUAC